GCGACAGUCCUCAACAUCUGGUACAGCUCGAGUCCACUUCGCGGGGAUCCACAAGGGUCCUGUUGGAGAGGAAACACAAAGAUAUCCCCUCCCCCAGUAUAGUACCCUGGCAGCUACUCCUGCUACAUAAAGGGAGUCAGUCACAAUAUUCAAAGGACCUUUUAAAUUCAUCAUUGCCCAUACUACAGCUAAAAGUUCCAAUGUCUGUAGACUGUCCCUGGCAUCUGCAUCUAACAAAUGUUGUCACCACUGUCUUUGCUGUUUCCAUGUCACGGCUGCUCUCCUGGACUUUUUACCAGCGUCCGUAAAGGCCGUGAUAGCCCCCCUUAAUGGUGACAGACUCUGAAUGGGCUUUGUUAUCCAGUCCCAUUCUGUCAUCCACUGGAGGGGACUAGGAUGCAUUUUCCCAGUCUCCACGACAGCUCCAGCUCCUAAAAGGGCUUCCUGGAGCUCCCCAGAGUUCACCAAAUACCAGUCAAGCGUGUCCUUUUUAAUGGGCAAUCGUAUUGUGGAAGGCUCUGCUCCUGUAACUUGGAUUGCCCUAAAACGUCCUUUCUUUAUGAGGGAUGCAAUCAUUUCAAUUUUCAGUCUCACAGUUUUCUGUUGCUGUAGCGGUGGAGAGAGCCACUCCAAUACCCUGAGCUCCCCCGUUUUCUUUUCAAGCUGAGACAGGGCACCUGUUAAAACACAAACAAAUCCCACAUCCCUGCAGGACUGAAGAAUCUUCUCAAAAUCUUGGAGAUUAUCCCAAUGGCAUUCGGCUCACGUCAGCUGUUCCAGGAGCAGAUAUCAAAGUACUCAUAAAUUUCAAUGCACCAAAUCCUCAGGACAGGAAGAAGUUUACAGAUGAUUUGAGGGAAUCAAUUGCAGAAGUUCAAGAAAUGGAAAAGCACAGAAUAGAGUCCGAGCUGGAGAAGCAGAAGGGGGUGGUGCGUCCCAGCAUGUCGCAGUGCUCCAGCCUGAAGAAGGACUCCGGGAACGGGACCCUGCCCCGGGCGUGCCUGGACGACAGCUACGCCGGCGGCGAGGGGCUGAAGCGGAGCGCGCUCAGCUCCUCCCUGCGCGACCUGUCCGAAGCAGGCAAGCGUGGGCGACGCAGCAGUGCAGGAUCGCUAGACAGCAAUAUGGAAGGGUCCAUCAUUAGCAGUCCUCACAUGCGCCGAAGAGCUACAUCAACCCGAGAGUGUCCAUCUCGCCCUCACCAGACUAUGCCCAACUCCUCCUCACUCCUAGGGUCCCUGUUCGGUAGCAAGAGGGGCAAGCCCCCCUCGCAGAGCCACGCGGCCGCGCAGACCCCGCACCACGCGGAGGGCGCGGCCGCCGCGCCGCACCCGCACCACGCGCAGUUCUGCCACCAGAACCCGCCGCCCUACCACCACCACCACCACUACCACCCGCCCCCGCACCCGCACCCGCACCAGUACCACCAGCACGGGCACGGCCACGGACACGGCCCCUACCUGCCGCACGCCCCGCACCACGGCCCGCACCACGGCCCGCACCACCACGGGCCGCCCCCGCCGCCCGCCGCCGCCAGCACCAAGCCAGCACCAUAG